AUGGACGAGAGCGAGAAUUACGUAAACAUGCGGCUUCCAAGAACGGACCCACAAGCUCGUUCGAGAGCUGAACCGGAUGUAUCGUACGUGCAAUUGAAUAUCACGGCCCUCUCGGUGCCCCGGGUCCGGGGAGAUGGAGGCGGUCUGAGCUCCACCUACGCAGAGGUGAACGUUCUGAACGACGAGCCCGUCUUCGAUGAGGAUCACGCUCCUCCCAUUGCCACAGGACUCAGCAAGCUGCCAAACAAUGCCCAAGCAGCUGCGCAUGAACAGGAGUCGAAAGUGAAGAUCGGAAAUAGACCGCACCGUCUGAUCUGCUUACUCUGCCUCGUUACGUCCGCCCUCAUCGUGACAGUGGGCGGUCUCUUGAUCCAUGUAUCACAGCUUCGUCAGUCUAAGAUCACCUCCGACCGAAACUACCAUGAGUUAAAUUCAACCGUUCAAUCCAAGCUAUCUGCGCUCAACGCUAAUCUGUCCGAUUUUGAACGAAUGCACAACGAUCUCCGUCACCACUUCGCUGAGAUGGAAAUGAAGUACAGAUCUGUCAACGAAACCAAGGUUCAAAUCUGUGAAUUGUUGACCAGCAGAAGAGGAAUGCGGACUUGGGUCUCCUGUACACGGUGUCCCCUGAAACGUCCGACUGCGGAUACUGCAACCCGAACGGAGGGCGUUACCAUUGCGAUCGAGAUCAACGUUUCAUCUGCGAGCAGUCCGCACCUUUUGCUGAAAAGAUCCAGCGACUCUGUCAGCAGCCAGAGGAGGCGACGUGAAUCAAGGGACGAACCGCAAUGUCGCCUCUUUCUCUCUCCUUCACUCUCACUCACUGAUCCUUUCGAACUUCCUUCCCACCCUCUCUGCCUCUCUCUUCACUCCAUCUCUUCCUCUUGUCGCAAACUCCUUCUCCCCACUGCACACCUGCAAACCUCUCCCCGUCUAUCCCCUCCAUUCUCGCCGUUCCCUCCGUCCCGUUCUUUCUCUGUUGCCUCUGCCCAACUGUUUCGUCUCUCUCAAACAAUAUUCCUGGACAACUUCGAUGUAUGCAACUCUGUUUUUCUCCAGAAACAGGGCGGCCUCACCGACGUCUUGUACCACGGCAACGUGACCUCCCGACUCCUGUACUCAGUGUGACUGGUGAACACCAGCGGGCCAAGUGUCCUGUCCACCCUAUCGAAUG